CUGAACGGGUUCCUGCUAAUACUGACUUGCGACGGGGAAGUGUUUUUCGCGACCCAUAGCAUAGAGAGUUAUCUUGGCUUCCAUCAGUCUGACAUCGUCCACCAGAGUGUAUACGAACUGGUGCACAGUGAAGACCGGGAGGAAUUGCAACGGCAAUUAAUGUGGAAUUCUUUCCUGCCUGCCGAAAGUGCAAGCCUGCCGUUACACGACGCACUCUCGUCCCAGCAUUGUCAUCUGCUCGAACGUAGCUUCACGGUUCGCUUCCGUUGUCUUCUCGACAAUACAUCCGGUUUUCUGCGUCUCGACAUCAGGGGCCGAGUUAAAGUACUUCACGGCCAGAACCGGAAGACGGAAGAGCCACCGCUGGCCCUGUUCGCCCUGUGCACACCGUUUGGGCCGCCAUCGCUCCUGGAGGUGCCGCAGAAGGAAGUGAUGUUUAAGAGCAAACACAAGCUGGAUCUCGCGCUCGUGACGAUGGAUCAAAAAGGAAAAAUGCUCCUAGGGUAUUCCGAUGCGGAAAUAACGAAUCUUGGUGGCUACGAUCUAGUCCAUUAUGACGAUCUGGCCUACGUUGCCAGCGCACAUCAAGAAUUAUUAAAAACCGGUGCAUCAGGCAUGAUAGCCUACAGAUUUCAAACGAAGGACGGCGGAUGGCAGUGGUUGCAGACUAGCUCCAGGCUGGUCUACAAAAACUCGAAACCAGAUUUCGUGCUGAGUACUCAUCGACCUCUCAUGGAAGAGGAAGGUAGAGACCUGCUCGGUAAACGUACGAUGGACUUUAAGGUGAGCUAUCUGGACGCCGGCUUGACCAACAGCUACUUCUCGGACAGCGAUACCCUGACGGGGUCGGUCAUGACGCCGACGUUACCGGCGCAACCGGCGCCCCAGAGAGUGAACAGGCGAUAUAAGACGCAGUUGCGGGAUUUCCUCACAACGUGCACACGCAAGCGCACCAAACUCUCCGCUCAGUCGUCGGUCUCGCCACCGGUGACUCCCACAGUCGCGUCCGUGGAUUAUCUCGCGGCGGAUACCAGCACGGCGGCCGCGGUCGCUGCGGCGUACAGUAAUUUGAACACCAUGUACCCGACACCGUACCCGCCCACAGCGGUGGCGGCGAGCACCGAUCCAUCCCUGACGACUUACAUCGGUCACACGGGCAACUAUCAUCAGACCCUCUAUUCAGCGAGCGCGUUAGAUAACAGGUAUCUCACAGCUGCGACGGAGAACCUGUUUCAAUACAGGCCGUUGGGCUCAUAUUAUCCGGAAUAUCACACCGGCACCGCGUAUAAUGGCUUCAUCGACGUGUCGUUGCCUACGUACGAGACCCAUCAGCUGACCAGUAAGACGGAGGAGAAGCUCUACUGCCAGCAACUCGGUAGUGGCGAGUCGCCCAAAUACAGCUAUGUGGAGACGAGACACCCCGGAAGCGUCAGCGGUUCACCCUACGCCGCCAGUCCCGUGGCGAGCGUGUCCACGAUGCAUCCAACGACAACCGAUAUGAAUGCGGUGCGCGCCGGGAGCAGGCACUCUCUGGAGGGUGGCGCGUCAUCCAGCAAUUCCGCCGGGAGCUCGCCGGUGACCAGCGCGGCCAACGGUAUGCUGACGCCGAAAAUCGAGGACGUAAAAACCGAGGUGUACAGCAAUGCCGAGGCGCCGCGACAAACCGUGUUGAUGUGGGGCGCGCCGCCGUCACGCACACCGCCCAGAAACAACGGCAGCUACAGUCCCCCGACGCCGCAUUCGACCCACUCGUCCACGCACUCGACCAACACCACCGGCGAUCCGCUCAAGUCGCUCGCGGAGAUGAACUCCAUGAACGGGGACUGCAAAUGGCGACAAACCUCCCCGACGGAUCAACAAGUGACUGCGCCAAGUCCGCCAAGAAACAACAAAACGCAACAAUCUCAACAGCAGCAGCAGCAGCAGCAACAGCAACAGCAACAGCAACAGCAACAGCAGCAGCAGCAGCAGCAACAACAGCAGCAACAGCAGCAUCAGCAACAAUACCCUGUCACGACGUCGCAAUAUCAAGCAGCCGCAGUUGCCGCUGCGGCAGCUGCCGCUGCCGCCAGCACGAUUGGUUACACACACUCUCAUCCGGGCCAUGGCGGACACGGGGAAGCGGGCUCCGAGGUAUGGCAAGGAGUGCAACACCAUCACUACCAGUACUAUCCCUACCACCAUCACCACCCCGCACCACCAAGGCACACGCCCCACACGCCACCGUCAGCUGCGGGAACGGGGACGGGGGUGGCGGCAGGCAUGGGCAUGGGCACCGGGGUGGACAACAGCACCAGCAACAACAACAGCAACGUCUUGUACCACCCUCCGCACCACCACCACCACCACCACCACGUGGGAUCAUCGGCGGCAGUGGGAAUGGUGCCAACUGUCCCACAGAUUCCAAACCGGACGCCGGGAGUCCUCUGCUGUCCAUCUCUGAGGUGACUAACACCCUGCUCAACCAAUAGUCAAUAGUCCCUUGGUCACUUUGGCGUCGCUUUACGUCAGCAAUGAAGGUAUCUCUGAAGAGAUGUCUUCAUUGAAGCGGAUCCCAAAAUGUGUCACUGUACCAUACAGAUAAUGUCGAUUAAAAAAAAAUAAGAAUUUACGUGUAGUACUGUAACAUACUCAUUGCAAAGCUAAUAACCAAUUUAGUAUUACAUAACUUUUAUUAAUUUAUCCAUACCGAGAUAUACGUUAAGUGGAUGUUCUUCAGGAUUCACAGUUUGAGUCUGCAUGUGACACUGAUCGCAAGUUUGUAUGCGUGAGGGGCAGCGAUUACGAGACGUUUUGCGAUUUUAUUUAUGCGCCGCUACUGGACGCAACGAUUGCAUGACGAGUAGCAAUACCACCGUAUUGUAGAACGGAUACAAAUAGAUAAAUCUAACAAAUCUCGAAACUAUACUAUUUUUUUUAUAUUUUCAAAGAUUGGUUAUAUCGAGAACAGAUGUCCAACUAUUUAUUUCAAUUUAACUAGUCCUUUUGUAAGAAUAUAAGAAAAAAUCUAAUUUAUUAUAA